AUAUUUCAAUGAGACUAGUCACUAAUGUUGAUCUUUUGUAAUUCUAAAUCAUUGCAGUCAUUUUACCAUAUUUGGUGACAAAUCGUGUGUUGAACCUACAGCAUGUCAUUGAUUUUAAAGAGAAGAUUUUUUUUUUUAAAUAUUUCAAUAUUUUGGACGUUUGCCUCACUGUCAAACAGAAAGUCAAAACGAUGUGACAUUUAAUCAUUUUAUGACAUCGAAAUGUUAUUUUGAAAGCCGUAACUCAACUAUUUUUCGGCUAUAUUUUGAAAGCUUUAAACGGGAAGUUGCGUGAGUUUAUUAGCGUGAACUUUUGUAAUUGUCCUCAAUGGGAGUAGGGCGAGUGCUGCAAAACGCUACUCGUCCCUCUAUUUUUGCCACUUUCUUUGUUGUUGUUGGACUGCACAUCAAGUGACACGCAUUCACAAAUACUUAAGUUUAACUUUAGUUUGAAGCCACACCUUAUUAUCUAUAAUAUUUUUGAAUGCAGAAUUCCACGUCUCCAAACUUCUCAUUGAACGAUGAGCGCGACUAAAGUCUUAACUUUAAAUCAAAUAUUUGAUCGCCGAGGGGGACGAGGAUGAGUUUUGCACUUCAUUUAACCGGUUUGCAAAAUGAGACAAGCAGGCAAACACAUAAGCAAGAAGGCACUUUAAGACUUCUUGGGUGUGCUCAUGAAUGGAGAACCGGAGGCAAGUUGACUCUUCCCCCCUCUGAACAUGCUGGCUCUGAGUGUGGAGCAAGGCAGGCGAGGGGUUGCGAAUGUUGAACCUCCGCACAAGGGGGCUGCUGUAGGAUGGCAAGGCCGGCAGUCUCCCGAGCCAGGCUGCAACAUCAGAGAGAUGAUUUCCCAGUGGGAAGGUCGAAGCAAGGAUCUUUCAAUGAAGGCCGAGCCUCUGCGUGUGGCCCAAAUUUCGUCCGAGGGUGUCUUGACCAAUGGGGGUUCGAACAAAAACCUUCAGCGUAAAGAUCUUGCCAACGCUCAGAGUUUGGCUUUGGAUUUCCGGGAAUCCCGAGCACAGUCCAGAAGCUGCAGUAUUGCUCCAAAGUCCAGCCCAGGAAACAAGUCGACACAAGUACCGAUGUUGCCUUUCAUGGAUUCCAACACAGACAAAGUCAUAGUGGAUGGCAAGCUAAAGUCAAACUGCAUCUUGAAUGUUGAUGCCGAGUCCGGACACCUCCCACGGUUAGCCGAUGAAAGCGAAGACAACAUGCCCGCUGGGAACUUUUAUACUUCUCGGGGUUUCUGGCGUAGUCUGGAAGUGGACCGCUGCCUUUGGGAGAAAGGCAGAACGUCUUUGGGUGAAGCUCCGCCUAAACCACAACGGACGUUCAAGUAUCAGGGAGCUACAAAGGACGCAGUGCCAUGGAACAGCAGACCAAUCCACAACAACCAGCCCAGUGGGAGGGGUCCUAGGGUAGCCCACCCGCCGAGCUUCCCGCCCCCUCCGUGUCCGGUCGCCAGGACCAAUGGACUUUCAAGGCAUAAAAAUAACAGGAGGUCCUUUGAGUACGAGGACGCGAUGCAUCCCACUGUGAAGGGAAACCAAGCGAGGCACUCAACCCUUCACCAUGCAUAUUCCGAUGACAAUAUUUAUGAAGACAUUGUUUGUGAAGGGACCAGAGAUAAUCCUUACGAGGAUAUCAAGUUACCCCCUAUGUGUCUUCCUAUCAGCAGGCCUCACAACACAAAGCUCCACGCAAAAUCCCAAACCAAAAUGGAGAGGAGGACAAUGCCACAUUUAAGAUCAACCGUUGCCAAUGCUGCAACCCCCCGAAGCACAAGCGCUCCUAAAAUUCACAAGACACCUCUGUACGUUAAUAAGAUCGAGACGAUAUUUGAUGACAAGCGAGGGAGGAAGCGAGUGAAAAACCAAGGAGUUGCAGUGCGAGAGGAGACCAGUGGGACUGAGAGCGACCCUGAAGACAAUGGCAAAGGUUUAAGGAGAUCUGUUCAUAAACAGUCGACACUGAAGCGCAAGCCAGGCUAUCGCACUCUGGAGAAAGACCUGAUCCAGGCACAGCAGCAGCAGCUCUUCCAGAUCUUUGUAGUGGUGUCUCUGAGGAAAGGUUCCCCAGCCAAUACCUACUCCCCUGAAAUAACGCAACAGUUUCCAAAAAUGUUUGAAAAAUCAUCUCGACUCUCCAAGGAAGCUGAAGAUCAAUUAAAGGUCAUUCCCAAAUUCUGCUUCCCGGAUGUACGUGACUGGAAGCCUUCAGCGCACACACCAAGCGAGACAUUCUCCUUCGUCUUGACCGGAGAAGACGGGAGCCGCUGGUUCUGUUACUGCCGUAAGAUCCUGCCCAGCGGAAAGGGCAAAAGGCUCCCUGAGGUUCAUUGUGUCGUCAGCAAGUUGGGCUGUUUCAACCUGUUUGCCAAGAUUUUGGAGGAGGUGGAGCGGCGCAGAGAGAUCUCCCCGGCACUCGUUUACCCUUUUAUGCGUAGUGUGAUGGAAGCGCCGUUCCCAGCUCCAGGCCGCACAGUCAUGGUCAAGAGUUUCCUGCCUGGCACUGGCAAUGAGGUGCUGACUCUGUGUCGUCCGGUCGACUCCCGAUUAGAGCAUGUGGACUUUGACACGCUGCUCCAGUGUCUCAGUGUGGGAAAACUCCUGCAGGUGUUUGCUUCCCUUCUGCUUGAAAGGAGAGUCAUCUUUGUCGCUGAAAAACUCAGUGUGCUGUCCCGUUGCGGCCACGCAGUGCUGGCGCUGCUCUACCCGUUCACCUGGCAGCACACCUUUGUGCCUGUGCUACCUACCAGCAUGUUGGACAUUACCUGCUCCCCCACGCCUUUCCUCAUCGGGGUGCUGGCCCCUUCCUUGCCCCAGGUGCUGGAACUCCCCAUAGAAGAGGUGCUCAUUGUGGAUUUGUGUGCAGAUGACUUUGUCAUUCAGCUUGGUGAUGAGGACUGCAUCCUGCCUAGUAAACUUCAAGCAGCAUUACAGCAGAUUCUAGAAGAGCGGGAAGAGAUUCUCGAGCAGGAGGACAGCGACACUUCUGAAGGCCAGCCGGUGGACUUGUGCUCCCUGGUGUCAGAGGCUUUUGUGCGCUUCUUUGUGGAGCUGGUUGGCCACUAUCCCCUCCACAUGGCAGAAUCGUCCAACGGGAGCCGGGAGCUUCAGCGCGACAACUUCCGCAAGUCUCACCCGUCGCGCGGCGUCCGUCAGUUCUUGCAGCUCUUCAUGGAAUCGCAGAUGUUUGCCGGAUUCAUUCAGGACAAAGAGCUGCGCAAGGGAGGAGGAAGGGGCUUGUUUGAAACGAGAGUGGCCAACUAUUUGGACUCUUCUCCCGACCCGGAACCAAGCGGAGUCAACAAGUUUCUUAAAGGACUGGGAAAUAAGAUGAAGCUUCUACAAAUAAAAUGAAAAUGCUCAACCAACAGUUUCACUGUAAUUUGAAGAGGAGCAAGUGUUGUCAUAAAAUAGUGAUUCAUUGAGCUGGAAAUGUCUUCCAACAAAUAUUCCUUCGAAUUUCCCUCUCUUGUCAACGUGUGGUUGCAAUAAUGUUCUUGUUUAUGUUUUAAUAUUGGAAUUUUAGCUAAAGCAAAGUUCUAUUUCAGUUUCAAUUUGCAUGCAAAGUGUACAGUAGCGUGUUAAGGACCAGCUUGAUUCAUGCUUUUGUAGUCACGGAAGGCACAAUCUGUAAAAAGGUGCGUUGAUUUGUCUGCGUUUGAUCUUAAACAGAACUGAACAGAACAUUUCAGUGUUAGAAUGAGUCUCCUCGCUCUCUGUGGAAACUGGAUCUGUAUUGUACAUAUUAUUUUUUGUUCUACAUUUUGCACAUUGUUAAGAGCCUGUGAAAACAUAUUUUAAGACUUUUUUUUAAUUAAUAAAUAGUCAAGGGUCCUGCAACAGUGGGUGA